UCGCUCAGGACUCUUGCUGGUGGCCCUCAACCCUACAUUGAAAUAUUUGAACAACCCAGGCAAAGGGGAAUGCGCUUCAGAUACAAAUGUGAGGGGAGAUCGGCAGGCAGCAUUCCAGGAGAGCACAGCACAGACAACAAUAAGACGUUCCCUUCCAUACAGAUUCUGAACUAUUUUGGAAAAGUCAAAAUAAGGACUACACUGGUGACAAAGAACGAGCCCUACAAGCCGCAUCCUCACGAUCUGGUUGGCAAGGACUGCAGGGAUGGCUACUACGAAGCAGAGUUUGGCCCGGAACGGCGAGUCCUGUCUUUUCAGAAUCUGGGCAUUCAGUGUGUGAAGAAGAAAGAGCUGAAGGAAUCGAUUUCUUUACGAAUCUCGAGGAAGAUCAAUCCUUUUAAUGUGCCCGAAGAGCAGCUGCACAACAUCGAUGAGUACGACCUCAACGUCGUCCGCCUCUGCUUCCAGGCCUUCCUCCCCGAUGAGCACGGCAACUACACCCUAGCGCUUCCUCCCUUGAUCUCCAACCCCAUCUACGACAACAGAGCUCCCAACACAGCAGAAUUGCGGAUUUGUCGUGUGAAUAAGAACUGUGGAAGUGUAAAAGGAGGAGAUGAGAUAUUCCUACUGUGCGACAAGGUUCAAAAAGACGACAUAGAAGUCAGAUUUGUCCUGGACAACUGGGAGGCGAAAGGCUCCUUCUCGCAGGCYGACGUCCAUCGCCAGGUUGCCAUCGUGUUCAGGACGCCGCCCUUCCUCCGCGACAUCACCGAGCCCGUCACCGUGAAGAUGCAGCUGCGCAGACCUUCCGACCAGGAAGUCAGCGAGCCCAUGGACUUCAGAUACCUGCCCGAUGAGAAGGAUCCAUAYGGCAACAAAGCGAAAAGGCAAAGGUCAACGUUGGCUUGGCAGAAACUCAUACAGGACUGUGGAUCAAAUGCAUCAGAGAGGCCCAAAGUAGCUCCAUUCCCACCUGUUGCUUCUGAAGGGAAGCUGAUUAAGAAAGAACCAAGCCUGUUUUCCUCCACACUGCUGAUGCCAGGCUCUGGAGCUGUGGCCAACACCAGUCAGCUGUACUCGGCCUGCACCCAGAUGCCGCCGCAGCCGCUGCAGGUGGUGCCGGGGAAGCAGGACGCGCUCUCGUCGUGCUGGCCGCCCCCGAGCGCGGCGCCGGCCCUGGGCAGCCUGGUCAGCGGGCACGCGCAGAGCAGCUUUGCCGAGGAGGUGCUGCAGGGCAGCGCGCAGGGCAGCGGCUCCCUCCAGACCUUCGACAGCUCCCUGAACUGGCCUGACGAGAAGGACGCGCGUUUCUACAGGGGCUUUGUGGGCACCAACGGCCUGGGAGCGGGGCUGGUGCCGCCGGCAGACGUGCAGAGCGUCUCCAGCGGCGGCCUCGCGCAGCAGGCGCACGCGGCCACCGCGAGCGCCGCCAGCAUCGUCAGCAUGGACACCGAGGACAUCAACUUCGCCAGUCUGAGCUUCGACAAGUACAACCCGGGGCUGCCUGCAAGCAACGCCAGGCAGCAGCUGCACCAGGGGCCGCCGGCGUGCACCCCUGUGGCAGCCCCUCCUGGCAGCACAGCUUUUAAUUCGCAGUCUAACUUAGCCGAUCCCACAGCCUACAGUUUCACAGACCAAGAGCUUUUGAGUGAAUCGAGCCUGUCCACCAACCCGCUGCAGAACCACCAGACUAGCAUUGCAGACACCCAGUUCUAUGACGCGGAUGGUGACGAGCUCUACGCGUCCUUCCAGUUCGAUAGCAUCCUGCCGAGCUAUAACCCUUGAGCCAGCGCUGCCAGGCGGCGCUGGGCGCCUAGAGCUCUCACACGGCUGCCUGCGGGARGACGAGUAACUUCUUAUCCUUCUGGAUUGCCGGCUUUCCCUCUCAGCACGUUAAUAUGCAGGUUUCAUGAUGUAACUUAUGGUUAUAUAUUAUAGCCCUAAGACUGGUGCCCAUUAAGAGGAGAGGUGGGACUAGGGUUUAGAGUUCUGAACCUUAGAAGUACCUCAUACACAUUUUUUUACACUGUGGGGAAAAAAAAAAGGAAUUUUUAACACUUAAAGCUUCCUGGCUUUUGGGGAGCUCAGUUGUAAAAGCUGGUAUCUUCAGAAGGGUCAAGUUUCAAAUAAUUCACAGAGUUAAAAUUGUUUGGAAAGAAGCCCUUUUUGCUAUGGAAAUAGAUUUUGAUACAACAGAAAUUAGGCAGAAGAUGCACAUGAGCAUUCUUGCUCAGACUUGCCUAAUACUGUAAAAGUUUUAUGCAAUUUAUUUGAAAAUUUUAGGUUUCUUGCCCUCUUUUAUAUGGAUAUAUUCUUCUACUAAAACAAGAUUUUGCAUGGAUUUUUUUUCUCACCUCUUCAUCGCAUUCCAUUUGCUUUAAAGGCAAAUUUGCUCUCAAAACUUUUUAAUGACUAUGUCAUUGUUCGAUGUAUUUUAAAAGACCGGAAGGUUUGUUUGAAUUUUUAAGUAGUCCAGCUCUGUUGUAAAUGAAUCACUGCACAAAGCAUGAACAGAAAAGAAGGACUUUUCAGCACUUCAUCCAAAGUGCACUAUAUUUUAAAGGACAAAACCAUGUUGCUUUAGGAAUGGAGCAUGCUGUUAUAUCUCCUGAUUAUUUUUUCCCCUGUGUGGCUGUUCUAUGUAUUUUAUUCUGAAUAGCAGAAAUAUAUUGGGCCAAGGCAUCUCCCUUUUCUUUCCUCAGGUAUCCUGGCAGUUUCCUGCUAUGCAAGUGACUGCUUAACCGAGGGUCAGGGCCUGACCCCCCUCCCUCCUAGCCCCCCCAUAAGAAAGUUUGGGGCGCCCCCGAGGCGCAGCCUCCCUGCCACCCCAUUAACACAAAAGGAAGCCCUUUGGGGCACUACUAACGACCCCCCCCCGCACUCCGGAGYGGAGAUCGGAGCCGCUUUCCCUUUGCUUCCCAACCUCCCGUCUUGGCUCAGCCAUGAGAUGUGUAACGACACCUCAUGAGAUGUUACUGGCUACGUAGGGCACUUGAUUUUGCAUAUAGGGCUUUGCUGUUUUAAUAUUAUUGUAACAACUCUUUUUACGAAGCAACACAUCUCCAAAGCCACGAGCACAGCUGUCUCCUAUGGCAGAUACGGCUCAAGACACGAACUGGUUACUGUUUGGCCACGGAAAACUGUACAAUGAGAGAAGCGAUAGCUAUUUCCCUUACACAUGUGCCUAUAGAGACGAGCAGAAACGCCGCAGCCCCCAGCCAAGAGAGGCUGCCGAGAUGUAAAGUGGUUUACAGGGCAGAGGAGCCCCCAGAUCCCCGUGGGGAGCACACGCCGCACAGGCUGGGUACCAGUGGCGCGAGCGCUGGGGACUCUGGCCCCUAACGCCAGAUACACGGUGGAUCGGACGGGCUUUGUGCUUUCAGCAGCAUUUCCUCCCAUCUGCACAACACCUGCCUUUGCAGGAGCUGCCU